UAUUUCAGCCGCCGAUUUAGCGCGCCCGCUCUUCAACUUGUGAUGCUUAGUGCAAACCUUUGGCACCUGCUAACUCCCUGCUAACGAGGUAAGUCUGUUUGACAACACGGUUCUACACUAAAAGUACAUUUUUACAGAAUCAGUAUUAGCGAUGUUGAGUUGCAAUUUCUGUGGCAAGUCAGUCAAAUCAUUGAGGGCUUAUGUAAUACAUUGCAAACUUCACCGAAAUGAACCGCGUUUAUUUAAGUGCUUUGCAGCCGAAUGCAAACAGACUUUCUGUACAUAUGCAUCGCUUAAGGCUCAUUUUUACAGAAAACAUAACGUAAAUGCGCCUGUUAACGUUGCUGUCGGGACAGAUGUUAUGCCUAUUAAAUGUGCAAUGGCGUUAUGUGAUCGACAGUGUGAAGAUGCUAAAUCUCUAAUAGCACACUUGAAAGACCACAUUGUAGAAGGACGUGUUGUGAGUUGUCCAGUAAGAGGAUGCACAGAUGCUUUUAAAGUUAAAUCUUCCUUUACCUCCCACAUGUCACGGAAACACAAACAUUUCACAGAAAGCACAAUUAGUGACUUGUACAGAGACUCGUCGGCUUAUCAGUCAUCUUCACAAUCUGUAACAACCGAAUUAACGUCACAUGACUGUGGCCAUGAAUUUGAAUGUGAUGUAGAUACAUCCGACGAUUUCAACGAUCUUUUUCUUAAAAAUAUUUGUUUAUUUUACUUAAAACUGCAAGGGCAGCUCUUAGUGCCUGAUUCAACCACACAGAACAUUGUUGAGGAGAUUCAAAAUAUACACGAGUUGGGUCAGACAUAUACUUUAAGUAAACUUGCUUCACAGCUAAAGAAUGAAACAUCCUUAACAGAAGAUGAGAUCACCAAAAUUUGUCAGUCUGUCAAGGAAUCUGAUCUGUUUUCUGCAUGUCAUACAGGGCCAAUGAGGACUGCACACACAAGAGCUCAGUGUUUCAAAAAAAAUUUCAAUUAUGUGGAGCCUAAGACUGUUUUGUUAGGAAGGGAUGAGAACAGAAAAGAUAGGUUUGCCUAUUAUGUGCCAGUCAAAGAGACUUUAAAAUGCUUAUUGCAGUCUGAUAUGUGGCAGGAUUGUAUGUCUGAGGAGCACCCCACUGACACACCCACAGAUGUUUUAACUGAUGUUACUGAUGGCCAGAUGUUCAAAUCAAAUGAAUUUUUUGUUCAGAAUCCAUCAGGCCUAAAACUAGUACUGUAUCAGGAUGCAUUUGAAGUUGUUAAUCCUUUAGGCUCUGCAAAGACAAGACAUAAAAUAUUAGCUGUUUAUUUAUCUGUAGCUAAUUUGCCACUUCAUGUAAGGUCAGACACAAACCACAUGUCACUUGUUUUAUUGUGCAGAGAAAAAGAUUUUAAAGAAUUUGGGCAUGCUAAGGUGUUCUCUAAUUUACUAGCAGACUUAAAGUAUUUGGAGGAGAAUGGAAUUCCUGUUUCAGAUGAAACCGUAGUAAAAGGAACGGUCUAUUGCAUUGCCGGCGAUAAUUUAGGAUCCCACUGCAUUGGUGGGUUCUCUGAAAAUUUCAGCCGUGCAGAACAUUUCUGUAGAUAUUGUCUAAUUACUCGAUCUGAAUUUCAGGGUGAUCCAAAUCUGUGUGGACCAGCCCGGACAAUUCAAAACUAUAACUCAGCAAUUGACCGCAUCCAAGCAGAAGGAGCACAAGACGUGGAAGGAGUAAAAUUCAGAAUGGAUGACGUAGAGCCAAGCAACAUAAGCAGUGCCAUUACUAAUGUGUUACCAGACCUACCAACCUCAAAUCUAAAUAUUGUAUUGGAGACAUUACAAUCUUUAGGUGUGGGAGCCACUGAAGAUUUACAGUAUAUUAAGGAAGCUGAUCUGCUCACAGUACUGAGACCAGUUCAAGCUAGAAAACUGUUGGCUGCAUGGAAACAAUCCACAGAGACAACUGAAUUCCAUAGUCAGUCAACAUUGACCUCUCAAGUGUCCUCAGCGUGCUCCUCAGUCUCACUGUCUUCCUCACCCUCACCCUCACCAUCACCCAGACACAUGAUUGCUACUGCAGAUUGGGUCGACAGCUUCCAGAUUCCAUGGGAGAAGCUCCCAGAAGCCUUAAUGCAGAGUUUGGAGAGAGGGAAAAGGCCAAGCUCAAAGUUACGCAGAGAAAUGAUCCGAAUUGUAGUUGCUGAAAUGAUGCAUGCCUCUUCUUCUCCUGGUAAACAAUCCUCCACAGAGGUUGCGAAGAAAAUGGUAGCAAAGUAUCCACUGUCACUGCAAGAUGUUAUAGAAGGUGAUGUGGUAGGAACAGGAUAUCACUCACUCGUCAAGCAGCUGCAAGCACGAAUUGAAAAUGUAAAGCGGUCUUCAGUACCAAGAAUAUUAAAGCGCAGACGGGGGUCAGAUGAAUUUGACCCAGAUGAAAUCACAGCUGAACAGAGGGCAGCUGUUCAGGACACAUAUGGCUGCAUAAAGUGGGAAAUGAAGUUUAUGCCAGUGAGUGAGACACUGGAAAGCCAAGAAGAGAAAAAAGAGAAAAUGAAAGUGAUAUUUGAACAGGCAACCUUCAACACAGAGGAGGUAAAACAUCUCAUGAAGUGCACAUACUUCUCCCAGCGUAAAUCAGUGAACAGUGGAACCGAUCUGCAAUUCCUCAUGCAAGAGUGGCCUUUCUUAUUCAAGGAAGUUGGCAUGGCAGUUCACUUUCAUGAAUUAACUGGUGUUUCCCUGAAAGAGACUUUCCUCAGUAAUGUUGAAAAAAAAGGAAAACGUGUUUUAGAUUUCAUGAGAAGUGUUUGUGCAGAAAAAAGCAAACAUGUUUUGCAAGCGGCCACAAAGCUGAAAAUUCUGAGAGGACAGCUGGAGGGCUGCUCAGAAGAUGUAAAAGAUCUGGUGCUCCUCAUCCUCUCCUACUUUAAUGAAAAAGAGGAGGACUUGUUCUUCUAUGUGGAAGAAACUUGUAUGGCAAAAGAAGUACAAGUGGAAGGCUUACCUGUGACUCCAUGCAUCAUUGUAUGCGGAACAUCAUGUUAUGCUGCAAAGCAUUUCAUGCUGAGUGUUGACCAGAAAAUUGUCAACGAAUACAUCUCCACCUUCAUCUCGGCUGUUUGCAUGAUGUUUGCAACCUACUACUGCCUCAACAUUCACUAUCCUGUGGGUCUGGGCUCCACACUUGAGUUUAUUCAGAGGUGUUUCUUCAACAUCAAUCCUGAGAAGGGCACAAAAGUGGAAACUAAGAAAAACAAGAAACAGCUAACAGUGAAUCCAAGAGUCCUCACACUCAUUGCAGAUCUCUCAGAUCAUGAGUGGAGAGAGGCAUGUUAAAUAUGGACUUUCAGUUCACAUCAUUUGAAGUGUUAACACAACACGUAUACACCACUAAUUGAGUUUUCAGUUUACCUUAUCUGUUAACCACCAACAAAGAAAGUACGCUUUUAGUAUUUGGGUUAAUGAUAAUGUUUUAUUGAGCAUUGUUUUUGUUUAAUUGGUAAACUGGCUUAUUCCAGAUUUUGUUAAAAGUACAAUGUAACAGACAUUUUUGUUAAAGGCUGCAUUUGUUCCAUUUUUUUUCUAGUUUUCAUUGAGGGAAAGAGCAAAUUUAUAUACUAAAUUUAUUUUUCUAAAGAUGUUACAAAACAAAUUCAUUAUACUCCCUGCACAUAGUGUUAUAUGCUUAUGAUUUUGGCAUUUAUAAUUAUUAUUAAUUUAUUUUUUUUGUUUCAAAAUAUUCUGGUACUAGCAAGGAGUUCAGAGUGUUUGGCUGAUUACAUGCGGAGUUUAAUAAACCUUUUGGAAAAUGCUUUCCAGACACCUUUUUUUCAGUGAUUAUUGUGACACUUCAGAUUAAGUUAAUGACUGGUGGGAUUGCUAAAAUCUAAGAAUCUACGUAAAAGUAAGUAAACUAAACACUUGAGAAUAUUUAUGUAAUUAUUUUUACACAAAACAGCAUGUGUAAACACAUUCUAUAAGCUAAAUAUUGCAUAUUGUGUAAAAUUAAAGCUUUUAUCUUCUAACACAUUUCAGGCACUGCAUUCAACCUUCACUAGAUGAUGACUUCAAGGAAACACAUUUCUGGACAAAAAGUGUUAAUUAAUACUUUUUUUUUAAUAAUGUUUAUUUUUUUAAAAAUUUCACUUUUAAUGAGACAUUUUUGUUGUAUCCACUUUAUUGAACAGCAACACUAAAGUUCAUCAGGAAACAAUGGAAAGAGAUCAGGAUUGCAACUUUGGUUGCUGCAAUAACGGUAUGUGUUGUGUUGAACUUGUUGAGCGGCUUGUGAAGCACAGCUGUUGUUUUUCCCUAAAUGUAGCCAUUUAUUUAGUACAUGUAGUGUGCAUACUGCUUUUAAAAGAGUGAAAGAUAUGCUUGAAACAUUUUUGUCUUAUUUAGGACAAUAUAUUUUCUUAUGUCUGCCAGAGUUUGAACACAAGGACUCUCUUUUCCUGACAAGUCUCUAUUUGGAUAAGAGUCCUUUCAAGUAUA